CUUUUUUUGUCAAAAAAGAAAGAAAGAAAAAAUCUCUCUUCUUCUUCUUCUCCUCGCCGAUUAAAUCGGCGUUGUCGCCGAUCGUCUUCGUAUAGAACCGUACCUUCCCCAACCCAAACCCCAUCGCCUCCAAGCUAAAACCCUAGCUCAUGGAUCCCCCUACCCCGUCGGCGGAGCUCCGACUCGAAGAGGAAGGGGCGGCGGAGAUGGAGGAGGGCGACAUAGAGGAGCUUUCCCUCGGAGGCAGCGGCGGCGGCGGCGGCGGCGGCGGAGGCGGAGGAGGAGGGGGGCGCGUGGCUUGGGGCGAGUCGAGGUGGGUGGACGGGAGCGUGGUCGACUCGUCGGAGUCGCCCCAGUGGUCGCUCGAGGACGAGGGCGUGGGCCGCGGAGGCGCCGGUGGAGAGGGAGGGUUCGAGGGUUUUGAGGGGUUCGAGCGGGCGGCGUUGCUGAGGAGGCGGCUCGUGAAGAAGCCGAAGAGGGUGGACUCGUUGGACAUGGAGGCGAUGGGAAUCGCCGACUCCUACGGCCAUGGUCGCCGGGAUCUACCCAUUUGGAGUAUGCUUGCAAUGGCAUUUCAAACUCUUGGCGUUGUUUAUGGUGACAUGGGGACGAGUCCCUUAUACGUUUUCAGUGCUUUAUUCAGCAAAGUUCCAUUAAAAUCAGAAGAUGAUGUCUUGGGGGCCCUAUCAUUGAUCAUGUACACGAUCGCAAUUGUUCCUUUUGCAAAAUACGUUUUUAUAGUGCUGAGAGCUAAUGACAAUGGCGAAGGGGGCACUUUUGCACUAUAUUCAUUGAUUUGCAGGUACGCAAAAGUUAGUCUGCUUCCGAAUCAGCAGCGUGCUGAUGAACGCAUCUCCAGCUUUCAGCUUAAGUUGCCAACUCGUGAACUGGAAAGAGCUUUGAGAAUAAAAGAAUGCUUAGAGAAAAGACAAAUUUUCAAAAAUCUUCUUUUGCUAUUGGUUCUGAUGGGUACUUCAAUGAUUAUUGGAGAUGGCAUUCUGACUCCAGCAAUGUCGGUAAUGUCUGCAGUGAGUGGUCUUCAUGGUGUAGUUCCAGGAUUUGACACAGAUGCCGUGGUGCUUGUUUCCAUUGUCGUUCUUGUGCUACUAUUCAGCAUACAGAGGUUUGGGACCGGCAAAGUUGGCUUCCUGUUUGCGCCUAUCUUAGCACUUUGGUUCUUCAAUUUGGCCUCUGUUGGCAUAUACAACAUAAUCAAGUACGACAUUUCUGUUCUGAGGGCAUUCAAUCCAGCAUAUAUUUAUUUCUUUUUCAAGAGAAAUAGCAUUAAAGCUUGGUCGGCUCUCGGUGGCUGUGUUUUGUGCAUCACAGGAGCUGAAGCAAUGUUUGCUGACCUUGGUCAUUUCUCUGUGAAAUCUAUACAGAUUGCUUUCACAUGUGUGGUAUUUCCCUGUCUUCUUCUAGCCUACAUGGGCCAAGCAGCAUACCUAAAGAAACAUCCACUCUCAGUAGAGAGAGUCUUCUAUGACUCCGUACCAGGUGUUCUCUUCUGGCCCGUCUUUGGGAUCGCGACUCUUGCUGCAAUGAUAGCUAGCCAGGCCAUGAUAUCGGCGACCUUCUCCUGCAUUAAGCAAUCGAUGGCCCUUGGUUGCUUCCCUAGGGUUAAGAUCGUCCACACCUCGAAGAGGUUCAUAGGCCAGAUCUAUAUUCCUGUCAUCAACUGGUUCCUUAUGAUCAUGUGCGUGGUUGUUGUGGCCACUUUUAAAAACACGACCCACAUAGCUAAUGCGUAUGGCAUCGCUGAGGUUGGAGUGAUGUUGGUGACCACCUCAUUAGUAACGCUCGUGAUGCUCCUCAUAUGGCAAACCAACCUCUUCCUCGCCCUCUGCUUCCCCGCCAUAUUCGGCACUGUUGAGCUCAUCUACCUCUCUGCCGUCCUCUCCAAGAUCAAGGAAGGCGGGUGGCUCCCCCUCGCCUUCUCCUCGUUCUUCCUCUGUGUGAUGUAUACAUGGAACUACGGGAGCGUCCUUAAAUACCAGAGCGAGAUGCGCGAAAAGGUCUCCAUGGAUUUCAUCUCCGAUCUUGGCUCUUCCCUUGGCACAGUACGCGUCCCUGGGGUCGGCCUCCUGUACAAUGAACUCGUACAGGGCAUUCCAUCGAUAUUCAGGCAAUUCUUGCUCACGCUCCCAGCGAUCCACUCUACGGUGGUGUUCGUGUGCAUAAAGUACGUGCCCGUCCCUUACGUCUUGCAAGAGGAGAGGUUUCUCUUUCGUAGGCUUUGCCAAAAGGACUUCCACUUGUUUCGUUGCGUGGCACGGUAUGGGUACAAGGACACGCUCAAGGAGGAUCACCAUGCGUUUGAGCAGCUGCUGAUCGAGAGCCUCGAGAAGUUCCUGCGGAAGGAGGCUCAGGAGCUCGCAGUGGAGUUCAGCCUGCAGCCUGCCAACACGGAUUCUGACGGGGAAGAAGGCGGCGAUAUACGGCCUGUGGUCAGGUCCUGGAUCAGGACUGGGGUUGAAGCUGGGGCCGGGGAUCUGCACGCACCACUGUUGUCAGCCGAUCAGAGUAGGGUGAAGGACGACCGGAGGACGAGCGCAGAGGACGGGCUCUCUCUGCUACCGUCAAGCGCGAUGCCGUCUUCAGAGGAGGACCCUGGAUUGGAGUACGAGUUGUCAGCGCUGAGGGAAGCAACAGAGUCAGGGUUCACAUACCUACUGGCGCAGGGGGACGUGCGGGCGACGAAGGAGUCGAUUUUCAUCAAGAAGCUCAUCAUAAACUACUUCUACGCCUUCCUGAGGAGGAACUGCAGGGCCGGAACGGCGAGCAUGAAGGUUCCGCAUAUGAAUAUCAUCCAAGUGGGUAUGACUUACAUGGUGUAGGGUGAAGAUUCAAUGGCUUUGUGAUUCAUACUCAGUUGAAUGCUUAGGAGGAGAAGUUGAGGUAUUUUGUAACUUGUAAUGGUGAUUAUUAUUUAAGUAGUGGGUGGGAUUAAGUUAGCAGUGAAGGGUGGCCAACUGCUGUUAUUUGUUGUAGCAGAAUGCAUCAUCCAUGAUUGAUAUUUGUAGAGGACAUUAAUAUAUAUACAUAUAUACUAUUAAUUCUUCAAAAAGAUGGUUCAGAUA